CGUGCGAGUGCGCCGGUGGGGCCGUCCGUGGUCGGGCUCCGUCGCCAGCGGCGCGUCCAGCUCCGGGAGCGCGAUCGGAUACCCCGAAACAGACGGGUGGGCUGCAUCUGGCCCUCAGGAUGUAGUAUGCCUACCCCUGUUCUGAAGUUUUAGAGGGCGAUGGCCACAGGCCUGGGCCGCUGGAACGGCACAGUCAAUGACUCCUGGGAAGGGGACGAGCUGGGCUACAAGUGCCGUUUCAAUGAGGACUUCAAGUACGUGCUGCUGCCGGUGUCCUACGGCGUGGUGUGUGUGCUGGGGCUGUGUCUGAACGCCGCGGCGCUCUACGUCUUCCUGUGCCGCCUCAAGACCUGGAACGCGUCCACCACGUACAUGUUCCACCUGGCCGUGUGCGACGCGCUGUACGCCGCGUCCCUGCCGCUGCUGGUCUACUACUACGCCCACGGCGACCACUGGCCCUUCAGCGUGGUGCUGUGCAAGCUGGUGCGCUUCCUCUUCUACACCAACCUCUACUGCAGCAUCCUCUUCCUCACGUGCAUCAGCGUGCACCGGUGCCUGGGUGUCCUGCGCCCGCUGCGCUCGCUGCGCUGGGGCCGCGCGCACUACGCCCGCCGCGUGGCAGCCGCUGUGUGGGUGCUCGUGCUGGCCUGCCAGUCCCCUGUGCUCUACUUCGUCACCACCAGCGUGCGGGGCGGCCGCAUCACCUGCCACGACACCUCCGCGCCCGAGCUCUUCGGCCAGUUCGUGGCCUACAGCUCUGUCAUGCUGGGCCUGCUCUUUGCCGUGCCCUUCGCCGUCAUCCUGGUGUGCUACGUGCUUAUGGCCCGGCGGCUGCUGAAGCCGGCCUAUGGCACGUCGGGGGGCCUGCCGCGGGCCAAGCGCAAGUCGGUGCGCACCAUUGCCGUGGUGCUGGCCGUCUUCGCGCUCUGCUUCCUGCCUUUCCACGUCACCCGCACCCUCUACUACUCCUUCCGCUCGCUGGACCUCAGCUGCCACACCCUCAACGCCGUCAACGUGGCUUACAAGAUCACCCGGCCGCUGGCCAGUGCCAACAGUUGCCUUGACCCCGUGCUCUACUUCCUGGCGGGGCAGAGGCUCGUGCGCUUUGCCCGAGAUGCCAAGCCACCCUCAGAUCCCUCUCCUAUUGCCCCGGUUCGCCGCAGAGGGGGCCUGCGCAGGUCGGACAGGACUGACAUCAAGAGGACAAAAGAUGUAUUGACCAGCAGUGAGGACUCUAGGCAGACAGAGUCCACACCAGCUGAUGGUGAGAACACUAAGGACAUCCGGCUGUAGGACCUGAAUCUCUCAGGCCUGUGCAAGUUUAUAUGGGGCGGGGGGGUGCUGUAGGGAUUAGGACUUCUUCAGAUGGGAUGGUCUCCCUAGAUAGGGCCCAUUAGUGACACAUGCCUGAUGGUCAAGGGAGCCAUGACCUCAAUGCUGUGUCAUUUGGCAGGGGCUCAGAAUGUUCUCUGUGGUCCAGAGAUCUCAACGGUUCCUAUGACGCCAGUCACAAUUUGUAUGUGUGAGCUGGGGAAUAAGGCUUCAAGAAAGGCAAGGGUAAGGGGCCAGUGCUGCCCCUGGCCUGACUCCCACAUAAGCAGCUGGCUGUGCCUGCCAGGGUAUCCAGCCUGAUCAAGUCAAAUGGAGAAACAGGCCCAGAGGGGAAAGUGACUUACCAAGGUCACAGUCUGGGCCUGAGGCCCCUAGGAGGGGCAGGGUUACAGGCUGACCGAAGGACCCUGGUAAGGGGUCAGGGCCGAGCCAGAGCUUCCUACAGAGGGGUCUAGGGCAGGUCUGGAUGCCCCGGUGGACGCACCUCUGAGGAGGAGCCCCAGCCUGAGAGAUGAACGUAACGUCAGGGAACCGAUGUCAUAAACCCAUCUGGAGGCUCCCCUGGGCUGGGAGCCAGUUGGAGGCUGUAACUUCUACUAAAGUUGUUGCCUGCUGCGCUGUGCCCUAUUGUGUGGUUUGAGGAUGAAGAUACAGCCUAAGAAGCUCUCACCAUCCACACUGGGGUCCUUUCUCCAACCUGUUCUCUUCUGCCGCCUGCCUUCCCACUAGCUGCCACAGAAGACAGGAGAGAGAUGGGGUCCUGUUCUGGGAUCCCCCAGUUGAGGGCUUAAUGGCUAUGACCAGUCGUGCUGGUAAAUGUUAAACCAUCUAACUGGCUCUCCAGGGGGUGAGGGGAACCCCUUAUUUGUAGCCUUGCCGACUGCCAUGGUGCAAAUAGCCUGCCUUGGCCAAUUUCAGACUACUAAUGUGAUGUCAGCCUCCUCGCAAAAUUCCUGAAAAUUUAACAAUUGGCUUUUGCAAGCAGGUCCCAGAUGCUCCAGCACACCAUGGAAAAUGCUGAGUGGUUGGGGCUGUGGACCAGGGGGUCAGGGAGGCUUC